AUGGAUCGCCGUAAAAUCAUCCGAGGCAACAUACAAUCAUUCACAAAGACGAUUCCCAACGAUCUCAUCAUCGAAAUAUUAUCGAGAUUGACGACCAAAUCCAUCGCAAUCUGUUGUUGCGUCUCGAAGCAAUGGAAGUCCUUGCUACGCACUCCAUAUUUCACCGAAUCGUUCCUGACCCGUUCAUCGACUCGGCCGCGUAUUUUGAUCACGUUCCAAGCCGAUGGUAAGUGGCACUUCUUCUCAUUCCCUCAGCCUCGAAAUCUUGAUAAGGAGUUAACUCGUGUAGAACCAGAUUAUCAUAUGAGUUUCUCCGGUCACUGGGACGGGAAAAGAUGUCUGUCUGCUAACGGAUUUAUAUGUCGUAUUGAUAUAUCUAGGAACGUUGAUUUGAGAACCUUUUUCGGGUACGAUCCGAUCGGAAAAGAAUAUAAGGUUUUGUGCAUGACCGUGCCAAGACAUAGUCAACGAGUGAACUCCAAGGAGCAUCAAGUUCUGACCAUAGGAAAAGGAAAAUUAUCUUGGAGAAAGAUCGUCUGCUUAUUUCCUCAUUAUCCUCUAAAUUAUCACCAGGCUGGGAUAUGCAUUAACGGAGUUUUGUAUUACGUAGCUUGGUCUGUCCCCGACAAGACUAGUUUGAUAGCAUGCUUUGAUGUUAGGUCUGAGGAAUUUAGAUGUAUAGAAAUGGCAGAGGGCUUUGAUAAACCUUACACUUCGGCUCUGGUGAACUACAAGGGAAAGUUAGGUGCCGUAAUUUAUGUUGAUGGUAGUCAUGGUGAGUUGUGGGUUCUAGAUGACACCGAGAAGAAGAAAUGGUCGAAGCAUAACUUCGUUUUGCCAGAUAUGAGUGUUCAACAGAUAGAAUCAACAUGGGCUACUGAUACGGAUGAAAUUGCUUGGGUGGUCCUAUGUCCUUUGAGAAGUCCUUUCUGUGUUUUCUACUCCAACCUAGAGAGGAAGAGUGUCAGAAGAGUUGUAAUUGAAGGAAUUGAUGAACAGGCGUUGAUGGGUAAUCGUCGCUUUUCAGCACAAGUUACUGUUAGAGACCAUGUUGAGAAUGUGAUGUUUUUGUAA